CCGGAAUCUCGUCCUUCUGGUGCUGGCCUCACUUUUUCAUCUGAGCCCGACCCAAUUCUUUUUCAGGAAGGUUCCCGCCUCUCUUCUGCAUUUGUUGACUUCUUGAGUGUCCUGGAAACCCUCUCUGUGGGAGUCUCUGGAUCGCCUGUUGGUGGGAAGAAUUUCUCAGGAGCACGACUUCCGGCCUGAAAGGGACGCUUGCUCCCUUUCCUCCCAGGCCGCUUCCUCCCCCCAACCCCCGCCACGCGAGGCUGCGGCGCACGGUAUGGGUGUGUUUCUGUGUAUGUGUGUAGGGAGGGCGUUUGGAGGGAAGGUUACCGGGAGCUCCUUCGCCGCUGGGGGGCAGGGAUCCCGAUGACAAAGAUGGGGGUAAUUUCUCUGUCUUCCUCUUGGGAGCCUCAACCCCCACUUGAGGCACUUUAGAUACUUCUUGGGGCCCAGUCGAGGGUCUUACCCGUCCAAAGCGUCCCCACUGGGAGCGAAACCCGACCCCCGGGUCCAUCCCAGAGGAGCGUGAGUGGGGAAUGCCCCAGCCAACCCCGGCGUCCCGAUUCCGCGCCGGCGCAGCCUCGGGCCUCAGUCUGGAGAGGUAUCUGCGGGUCGGUCUAGGCUGAGGGAAAGGCAGCCGUUGCCUCGGGCACGGGUGAGGGCAGAAUAACCCGUGGGAAGGCUGCGUUUUCACGAAGGACUCGGGUGAUGCUGCAGAGCUGCCUUUGAGCCCUGACUCCUUGGCUUCCUGGGUCGGAGGAGAUCUUAUAAUGGAGUGGUUCUUCGUCUCCCACUAACAAGAUGCCUGAUUUCUUCAGGAUCGAGGGAUUGAAGAAUGUCCCGGGUUCCAUUGGGGAAAGUCCUCUUGAGGAAUGUCAUCCGGCACACAGAUGCUCAUAAUAAGAUUCAGGAGGAAUCAGAUAUGUGGAAAAUAAGAGAAUUGGAGAAACAGAUGGAAGAUGCUUACCGGGGGACCAAAAGGAAAAUGUUACCCAGCAGUUCAAGCCGGAUGCGUAGUGAUGGUUUUGAUGAUGAAACUCAGAGAGACUAUUGGAGGCCAAAGAAUGAAAUUUCUGGAGCACUGGAAGAUAAUUUUCUUAAGGCUAAAUCCUGGAACAAGAAGUUAUAUGAUUAUGAAGCUAACAUGCCAGACAGAUGGGGUCACAGUGGUUAUAAAGAGUUAUACCCUGAAGAGUUUGAAACAGACAGUAGUGAUCAGCAAGAUAUUACCAAUGGAAAAAAAACAUCUCCCCAGGUAAAAUCAUCUACCCAUGAAACUCACAAGCACAAGAAGUCAAAGAAAUCCCACAAAAAAAAGCAGAAAAAGAAGUCACACAAAAAACAGAAGAAAAGCAAAAAGGAAGUCACAGAUAUAACGGCAGAUACCUCAAGCGAGUUCUCAGAAGAAACUGGAGCUUCUAGUACUAGAAAACAACCACAUAAGCGUAAGAAAAAAUCCAGGAAAAAGUCUCUCAAAAAAUCUGCUUUAGUCUUAGAGGCAGAAAGUGACACUUCUCAGGCAGCUGAUUCUGCAUCCAGCAGUUCUGAGGAAAGUGAGGAAAGAGACACUAAGAAAACCAAAAGGAAAAAGAGAGAUAAAAAAGUUCAUGUCCCUGUAGUAAACAAUGAGAUACAGGAGAGGACAAACAAACGCACAAAUUGGAAAGUGGCUACAGAUGAAAGGUCUGCUGAGAGUUCAGAGGAUGACUAAAUGCAAAAGAAACAUUCUUCAGUUUCCCAUGUGACUGGAUAUUUACAGCUCUUGCACCUUGGGGCUUUGCCAGUGACUACUGCUCAGCACAGGGGGCUUGAGGUCAGAGCUGUUCCGUGCCAUCUAUAUGCGUUCUUACAGACUUGUCUUCUAUUUUGGCUUGUUAAACUUGAUCCUCAUUGUUAAUAGGGAAUUUGGUAUUUUGUUAUGAAAGUUUCUUCAAGAGAUUAUUUUUUGCAAUUAAUUACAUUCAGCAUAGAGUGCAUAUAUAGCAAAUUAAAGGACCCAGAAAGCUGAAUCCAGUGACCUGGGUACAACAAUUGAAAUGUUGAAUUUUGGGGAAAGCAGUACUGUGUAGAAUGGUAUAAGGGAACAUUGUGUUGCUCCCGUUGAUUUAUGUAGCAGGUGCCACUUGACUUUUUUUGUCUUCAGCCUUGGUGCUUUGAUUUUUAUUUUGGCCCCACACAUGGUCCAAUAAGAACAGAUUUUCCCUUUAUAACAUCCAGACAGCUGUUACUAGAAGAGGCUAGGGUUUUCUGUCAAAUUUACCUGCUGGACAGGAACUGUAGCUAUACUUAGUAUACCCUUAAAACACGGUAAUUGGAUAGUAAAUGGUUUUCUAGUUCCAUUGCUGUAUAUUGCCUAAAUGGACUUGUGUUUAAAAUUAUUUCUGCACUUGUCUUAGGUAAGUCCUCAACCAAAUGGGGAAGAAUUCGGAGUCAGUCAUGCUAAUGGUGCUCUGAACAGGGUUCAGGGCAGCGUCUGCCAUUUAAAUGUUGUCCUCCUCGUUCAUUUCUAAAUCUAUUAAUGAAAUUUAGAUUUUCCCUGAACUAGGUUGAAUCAGUUCCAAAAUGAAACAGGCUUCUCAGGGACAUACCCAAUUCUUCCCAUUCUGCCUUUGGAUUAAAGAACCAAGCAGAAACCAUAUUAUUUCCCUUUACUAGAUGCUACAAUCCCUAUGUUAAUUCUUAAGAAACCAAAAUCACACUGAAAGUGAAAGAAAGCUGGCAGAAUACAAGUUAAUUUUUUCAUUAUGGCAGACGAUCAGGUGACAUUGUUUUUCCUGGUUGUCACUACAUGGGCUAAGUAAAAAGCUUGAAAACUCAAGACUCGUUGUCUUGGUUCUGCCACUAAUUGGUUAUGUGAUCCCGAGCAGGUAGUUAAAUCUCCCUGGCCUUACUUUUAGCCCCAUGUAUAAUAACAGAAAUACUUCAUGGUAAAAUGACAGUGUAAGACACCAGCAACAGAAUAUAACUAUGACAACAUUUCAUGAGGUGGUAAUAUUUUGUGGUUCUAACUACUAAAUUUGUUCUCUUUAUAGAUUUCUAAUAAAAUGCUUAGUCAUAAAAUACAUGGUUGGCCAGAGGUUCCCUAUCCUGUGACUAUAAGCAGGUGCUACCAUUUGGGAUAUGUAUUUGAAAUAGUAAUACUUUAGUACUGAACUGUCAAUGUUCCAUGGUGUAUAUUUUUAUCUUUGGGAUUAACAGGGGCCCAACGGGGGGAAGAACAGUCUAUAAUUACUACCUCUUCACCUAAAGCAAUUGUUUUUGUCUUGGAGCAAGUGAAAUCUUUGUUGUUAAGGAGUGUUCACUUUUUAUUUAUUUUAUUUAUUUAUUUAGCUGAGCCAUCCUGCCACCUAUUGGCAGCUCAGCUCGGGCUGGAAAUCAAACCGCUGUUCAGAGCACACACACUUGAGUGAGCUAUUAAACCACCUGAGCCACUCGGCUGGCCCUUCACUUUUUUAAAGCACUGUUUCUGUGCUAUGACAUGAUUCUAAGCACUCAGGAAGAUGGGCAGUGGCACAAGACAUCUCCAGGAAGUUGAUUCUGUUUGGGUCUUGACCUUCCCUUCCUCCCAUACUAGCAGGCCUCUCUCUUUCCAAAGGAAUGCAUAUCUUGCCUGUUUUGUUUUUUUGCCAUGUUUACCUUUUCUUGGUCAUGUAUAAGCAAUAAAGCUGUUUUCUGUUCUUCA